UGUUCAAAAUAAUAUAUUUGUCAUAUUUUUCUAUGUGUAUAACGGCAAUAGAAUAUUCCAAAUUUGAUCAAGGCAUAUCUAAUGGAUUUCUUUCAGACUGUCCUGGAUCGACAAAACCUGCCACCAUUAAGCCAAAAUCCUUAGAACAACUAAAACUAGCCGUCCUCAGACCAGGCAAUGUACUAUUAGCACCAUGGACUGAAUACAAUUACUACCAAAUGAAGAAAUUACCCAAAAAUCCUGAAAUAGACUUCGCGAAAAAGACAGUUCUAUAUAUACCUGGAUAUAUUGAGACGAAUGUGCUCCCUGGUCCAAGAGUGAUUGGUAGUUUAUACAAGGAAUUGGGAUACAAUGUGAUUAUUCUGGACUACUUUUAUUUCACCAUAAAUCAUUUCCCACUGGCAGCACGCAUGAUACGGCCGGUGGGAAAACAUGUAGCCGAAAUGCUGGCUAAUCUAACAUUGCACGGGCUAGAUCCAAAAAAACUAGAGUUAGUGAGCUUCAGUCUCGGCGGCCACACCGCAAGCUUCGUAGCCAAAAAUUUCCGUCAAAUUACCGGCAAAAACAUCUCAGCUAUCACCGCUUUAGAACCACCUGGGCCUUGCUUCAGACACCUCGGACCCGACCAAAGACUGGACCCAUCUGACGCCGAUUUCGUCUUUACUGUACAUUCAAAUAUAGACGCUUAUGGCAUAGCAACACCUCUUGGACAUGUGUCAAUCUAUGUCAACGGGGGUGAAUACCAGCCUAGUGAUGUUUGGAGUGCACCUUGUCUGAUAUUUUGUAGUCAUUCGAAAACGUACUUCUUAUGGAUGUCGGCACUUAUAAAUCCUGGUAUUUUCGUGGCGAUGCAAUGUGAUUCUGUACAGCAGGCGAGGGAUGGGGAUUGCUACGAGAGGGAACCUAAAAUAUCGAACACUAUGGAUAUAUUUGUCGAUAAAAGUAAGCCGGGUAUAUAUUAUCUUCCUACAUUUAACCGAUAUCCAUACGGGCUGGGAACGAAAGGAUUGAAGAGGGAAGAAAACCAGAUCGUGAAGCAUUUGAAUUGGCUAAAUGCUAAAGAAGUGCUGACAAUGUAGGGGGGAUACGG